AUGGCGUCGAAAAGGAUUAAGUACGCGCGGGCGCAUCUCUCGCGGCGGAGGCACAUCGCGCUACUUGCCAGGCCUCACUGGAGGCGCACCGCCCCUGACUUCAACAGCAUCCCGCGGCCGUUCACGGUGUCUCGGGCGGCGCUCAGGGCCCGAACGAGCAAGCGCAUCAAGAUGAUGGCUCGACCAAAGCACCAACCCAAGAGCAACCAGUCGCGGGUGUUGCUGCAAUAUUCGCGAGAACGUCGUGAGCCGAGCAGGUGGCUCUUUGAUCUGGCGUUACCGAAAAAGAGACUGCUCGUGAGUGCUCGGCGUUACCUUCUGGCUCAAGGCAACCGUGCGAUGUUGGCCAACAUCAGUGCCCAGCUGCGUGGGCUUAGCAAGUCUCGCUAUCAAAGCUAUCGAAUUAUCUGCAAUGCUCUACGCCAACGUGCAGCUGCUCGACAGGAGAAAAUUAGAAAAAAAUUACGGCGCUGCCUUUGCAAGCCAAGCGAUUGGGAAAGACACAAUAAGUUUCUUGAGGUAUUCGCAAGGCCUAAAAGCUAUGCAAAACCAGCCAAACGAAGCCCUGGGCGCCGGGGCAAAGGUAAGAAGAAGAAGCAAUUGCCCGAUCCGGCACGGAUGAAUCUUCUCGCACAGCCAGCGCGCAAAAAAACGACAGAGAUAAGAGAUCCAUUUCGAGUGCGAGCCACAGCUCUUAAGUACGAGAUCACUGAUCGAACCCGUGAACUUGCCCAACAUCGCGUGCGUCAGGAUCAGGAGCCUAUAAGGGAGCUUGGAACUGUAGCACUUGAAGCACUUCAGGCUCAUGCAAAUAGCCGUAUACUGGAGUUGGCGAAGCCAAUGGUGCGCGAGCCAGGCGCAGAAACGGACCUCAGAGAAGACGCGUUUUCAGUGUCGCCAAUGGCCCUCAAAGCCGUAUGCCGACCUCGAGUCAAAGUCCUCGCUCAGCCGAAAAAACGUCGUGCUAAAGCCUAA